AUCUCUCUGCCCUUUUUGUAGCAUUUACAUACACACCCUGUGUAGCUCUCUAACUCUAUAUAUAUGGGGGUAAUUGGUCUCUUUAAAUGCAUAGAAGACUAUUCGAUAUUUGUUAGGAGUUGAAAAACACCUAACGAACGUUUUUCUCCUAUUGUUUGUUUCAUCUUCUUCCCCUGUUCGUUUCUCUCUCUGCACUCAACAGUCAUGGGAACUCAAGCUCCGACCGACUAUAUGCCCAACGGCAAAGUUGAUCAACGAACAGCGAAGGAGAAGGCAAUUGACGAUUGGCUUCCCAUCACUUCGUCGAGGAAUGCAAAAUGGUGGUACUCAGCUUUCCACAAUGUCACUGCCAUGGUUGGUGCUGGUGUUCUCAGCCUUCCUUAUGCCAUGUCUGAGCUUGGAUGGGGUCCUGGUGUAACAGUGCUGGUGAUAUCAUGGAUAGUGACAUUAUACACACUGUGGCAAAUGGUAGAGAUGCAUGAGGUAGUACCAGGGAAGCGUUUCGACAGAUACCAUGAGCUAGGUCAACAUGCAUUUGGUGAAAAACUCGGUCUGUGGAUCGUAGUGCCUCAACAGCUGAUUGUGGAAGUGGGCGUGGACAUAGUGUAUAUGGUCACGGGAGGAAAAUCCCUCAAGAAAUUCCAUGAUUUAGUGUGCGAUAAGCAUUGCAAGGAUAUCAAACUUACAUACUUCAUUAUGAUCUUUGCGUCUGUCCAUUUCGUGCUCUCCCAUCUUCCCAACUUCAACUCCAUUUCUGGUGUGUCUUUGGCUGCAGCAGUUAUGUCAUUGAGUUACUCAACCAUUGCUUGGACAACUUCUCUUCACAAGGGUGUGCAAGCAGAUGCGGAAUAUGGGUAUAAAGCAAAGACGACUUCCGGAACAGUAUUUAACUUCUUUAGUGCAUUGGGUGAAGUGGCAUUUGCGUAUGCCGGGCACAAUGUGGUAUUGGAGAUUCAAGCAACAAUCCCUUCCACGCCUCAGAAGCCUUCCAAGGUGCCCAUGUGGAGAGGAGUGAUCGUUGCCUACAUUGUGGUGGCCUUGUGUUACUUCCCUGUUGCUCUCAUCGGCUACUGGAUGUUCGGGAAUGCAGUCUCUGACAAUAUCCUCAUCUCAUUAGAGAAGCCGACAUGGGUAAUUGCAAUGGCUAACCUCUUUGUUGUCGUUCAUGUCAUUGGAAGCUAUCAGAUUUAUGCCAUGCCAGUAUUUGACAUGAUAGAAACUGUGCUGGUCAAGAAAAUGAAAUUCAAUCCCAGUUUUAUGCUUCGCUUUAUUACACGAAAUGUAUAUGUGGCAUUAACAAUGUUUGUGGCGAUUACCUUCCCUUUCUUCGGAGGUCUUCUAGGAUUCUUUGGAGGAUUUGCAUUUGCCCCUACAACAUACUUUCUACCUUGCAUCAUGUGGCUUGCCAUCAAGAAACCAAGGAGAUUCAGCUUAUCUUGGAUUGCAAACUGGAUCUGCAUUAUACUGGGACUUGGGUUAAUGCUUGUAUCACCUAUUGGAGGUUUAAGAACAAUCAUAAUUCAAGCCAAGACCUAUAAAUUCUACUCUUAGUCCUUCAACACCAAGACGAGGCUAGGAAGUGGUUUGUGUUAUAAGUAGCAGUAGCAGUAGCAGUAGCAGGCAGAGAAGAAUAUGAAGAUGAUGAAUGAUGGCCAUGGCUGAUUUCGUCGUCGACUAAUCAAUUGCAAUUUCUGAAGUAUUAAUAUAUAUUUUUUGGCUUGUUUUUGGAGAUUGCAACUCUCUGGCCAUGGAACGUACCAGCCAAAAACAUAUCCUGGAGGUCUCUAUUUGUUUUCUGUUUUUCUUCUUCUUUUUGCUCUCAUUAAAUGGUGUGCACAUCUAUAUAUAUGAAUAUCUCCCUUCAUGUUUAUUAUUGUUUUCUGUUUUUCUCUGAAAUGAAAUAUGGUGGAUUCCAAAUA